AUUAAUCAAGUCUGCCCACCUGAGGAUGGCCUGUGCCCACCCUGGGAUGCAGUCCAGUGCCUGAGGUCCUUACCAUGGUGAUGAUCCUAAGGAGAAGCCUCAUCAACCAGGGAGCUGACUCCAUAGCACAUAGGCCCUUCAUCCCGGAACUGCACACGCCAAAGAAGAUGAGUCAAGGACCUACCCUCCUCUCCUGUGGAAUUAUGGAAAAUGACAGAUGGCGAGACCUGGAUAGAAAAUGCCCUCUUCAGAUUGACCAGCCGAGCACCAGCAUCUGGGAAUGUCUGCCCGAAAAGUGUCAGGAGGGCUCCUUGUGGCACCAGGAGGCGGUGACUGCCUGUGCGGUGACCAGCCUAAUCAAAGACCUCAGCAUAAGCGACCACAACGGGAACCCCUCAGCUCCCCCCAGCAAACGCCAGUGCCGGUCACUAUCCUUCUCCGAUGAGAUGUCCAGUUGCCGGACAUCAUGGCGGCCCUUGGGGUCCAAAGUCUGGACUCCUGUGGAGAAGAGGCGAUGCUACAGCGGGGGCAGCGUCCAGCGCUACUCCAAUGGUGUCAGCCCCAUGCAGCGGAGCUCGAGUUUUAGCCUCCCUGCCCGGGCCAAUGGGCUCUCCUCACCUCACCACCGCUUUGGGGGACAGCCCAGCCAAGGAGCACCAGGCUCAGCCCCCUGUGGACAGGUGGGCGAUGCCUGGAGCCCAGACCCACGCCCUGUGGGAGGGGGCCGACUAGACCUGCAGCGGUCCCUCUCUUGCUCACACGAGCAGUUUUCCUUCCCAGAAUACUGUCCCCCCUCAGCCAGCAGCACACCUGCCUCAACGCCGGAGCUGGCAAGACGCUCCAGUGGGCUUGCCCGCAGCCGCUCCCAGCCGUGUGUCCUUAACGACAAGAAGAUCGGUGUGAAACGGCGGCGUCCAGACGAAGUGCAGGAGCAAAGACCUUCUCUAGACCUUGCCAAGAUGGCACAGAACUGUCAGACCUUCAGCAGCCUCAGUUGCCUGAGCACAGGGGUGGAAGACCACAGCUCCCAGGGCCCCUUUGCCCUCGUCAGCAGUACCCGAUCCUGGACCGCAUUGCUCUCAGCCUCCAGCCCCGGGGGCAGGACCCCUGUUGGGACCCCAGUUCCUGAGCCUGUUCCCCACUCCUUUGAUGACCACUUCACCUGCCAGGAGGACCUAUCCUGUGAGGAGUCAGAUGGCUACAGUCUGGAUGAGGACUGCUGCCGGAAGCAGGAGGCAGCCCCAGCCUGGCGGGACCGCGGUGGCGCCUGCACGGACAGCCUCUGCUCUCUAGACGGCGAGCUGGACAUUGAGCAGAUAGAGAACAACUGAGGAGGG